GGAGCUUUGGGCGGGGCGACGCCGCGCAGCAGCAGCAGCAGCAGCAGCAGCAGCAGCUUCAUCCCCGCUGACCGACACCGACCCUCUGCUCGUCUCCAGGCCGCGGCGUGCACGCCGGAGCCCGGCCUGUUCCCUCUCAAUCCCCCCCCCCGCCGCGGGGCCGCUUCCAGCCGCUGAAAACCUCCCAAAAAACAGGAUAAAAACAGCCACGAUGAAGAAGAAGAUGACGAUGAAGAUGAUGGUGGUGUGCAGUUAGAGCUGCGGAGCGGAAACUAACCACCGCGGAACCGAUGCUGCAGAGAAAUCGCCAUUGUUUGGAUGCGCAGCAGACUGAGAGGAAAAGGAAAACCCCGGAGCUUCGAGAGACUGUUUGACCCGCAGACAUCAUGCUUUCGCCGCUGCUUCUCGCGGUGUGUCUGCACUGCUUUACCCAGAGCGCGGUGGCGUUCCAGGCGUCGGUGAACGACGAGGAUCUGAUCGUGGUGACCCUGGAGCGCUCGGACCUGCAGGACAACGUCACGGCGUACGCCGCCCACAUCUCUGGAGAGCCCCGGCCCAUCCUGGUCCAGUUUGUGAACGCCAGCGAGCCGCUGCUGGUCAACACGUCGCUGCACGGCCUCUGCUACACGGUGGGACUGCUGCUCAGACGGGGGGGACGCUGGUCCAGACCCGUCAAGACCCUGUCCGUGCUCACAAAGCCACUUCCUGUCCGCAGUCUCCACAUAUCGGACUACAAAGAGUCCCCAGAGACCGGCGUCGUGUUCGAGUUUGAGCCGCCGGCCGGAAACGUCUUCAGCAGAGUCAACAUCAGCUACACCGAGGGACAGGAGCGCCGCUCCAUGCUUUACAAAGAUUUCUACCAGGGGAAGACUGUGUUUAAGCACUGGUUACCUGGCGUGUGUUACCGUAACAUCACCUUCCAGCUGAUCUCCGAGGCAACGGUGUUCCAGACGACGCUGGUGACACACAGCGACGUCACGCACACCCCUGUGCACCACCGGACAGUGCCCUCCCCCCCCCUCAACGUGUCCCAUAAGAUCGUCCACCUGAGCGCGAGGGCGGCGCCGGGCGACCUGACCACUCCGGAGGUUGGCGAGGGGAGCUGGCGAGCCGCUCGUCGGGCCCGGGACGUCCCGCUGAUGGACGAACAGGAAGGGGAAGAAGACGCCUCAGAGAACGCCGAGACUCCCCUCAGCCCGACGCACAACCUGACAGCCCAUGGCGCCCGGAACCACAGCGCCGACUACUGGCCGGACGCCACGGAGCCGGACCCCACGGAGCCAGCGGGCGGCGAAGACGAGUUCGUCAACGCCACGCCGCUGGAGUACGAGGACUCCAACGAGCCCGGCUCGGCCAUGGCACUGCCGGCCGAGGCCGCCGUGGCGCCCACCAGACCGCCACCCGUCCUGCUGGAGCUGCGCUGGCUGCCGCCGCGGCCGCCCGCCGCCUACGACGGCUUCAACGUCUACAUCUACAGAGAUGGGAACGCCACAGAGACGGCCACCGUGGACGAAAACACUCACGAGUUCUUCAGCGAGUUAACGGAGCCGGGGACGUACCGCGUGCAGGUCGCCACGCUCAGCUCGGCCGGAGACUGCGAGGCCCGAGAGAGUGCUGCCAACACCGGCUUCACCUUCUACCUCAGUCCGGGUGGCGAGCUGCUGGAGGAGCUCCGCGAGCGCCCGCAGGCGGUCAGCGUGCGGCGCCUGGACUCCAGCACGGCCGCCGUCUCCUGGGCGCCGUCCUCCGAGAGCCACAAUGGCAGCCUGGUGUCGGUGGUGUCCACAACCUGCCGCCGGCCGAGCCUCAGCCAGAGGAUGGAGAACACGUACUGCAGCGAGGAAAACUCUACGAGUGACAUCAUCAGUCACCUGACCCCCGGCGCGCAGUACCGAGUGGUCGUCUAUCACACCAACGGCCCGCUGACCAGUCCUCCCUCUGAACCUGUCAUCAUCGACAUCGAGCCUACAGGUGUGCAGGAGUUGGCGGUCUACCCUCUGAGUCCGACAGCGGUGAUUCUGAGCUGGCAGCGAACGCACCACGUGGCGUUCAGGAAGUACGUGCUGCAGACGUUCUUCUUCAACCCCGUCACGCUCGCCGCCGAGUGGACCACCUACUACGAGAUCGCUGCCACCGCCUCCGUCAUCGCCUCCGUGAGGGUGACGGAUCUGCUGCCGGCCUGGUAUUAUAACUUUCGUGUUUCCAUGGUGACGUGGGGUGACCCGCCGCUCAGCUGCUGCGACAGCUCCACCGUCAGCUUCGUCACAGCACCCGAGGCUCCCCACAUCUCCUCGGUAGAUUACUCUCAUGGCGUGCUGUACGUUCGCUGGACGUACGGCGAGCUCUUCAUCGACCUGUCGCAUUCCAGGAUGCUGCACUGGCAGGUGGUCGCCAUCGGCAAGAAAGGACCGCAGAGGAGUUACUCCAUCGAUGUGACUCGUAACGUGAUGCGGGCCAGUCUCCCUCUGCCUCCGGGCGACAUCUACAACCUAACGGUGACGGCGUGCACCGAGCGCAGCAGGAACACCUCCAUGCCGAACAUCAUCAAACUUGAGCCGGCGGCGCCCAGGUCCCUGUACGCCGUGAACGCCACGCACUCGACCGUGACUCUGCUGUGGAGCGAGGACGGAGUGGUCGACUACUACACGGUGCUCUGCAAGCCCAACGCACCCAGCACGGAGCGCAAGGCCCGUGAGCCCCAGACGGCGAGCUCUCACGUGGUCACCUUGUCCGGUUUGAUGCCCGCGUCCUCCUACAACUGCACUGUCACCAGCUUCAGCUACAGCACGCCCAGCAAGCCGGCGCACAUCACCAUCAGCACCGCAGCCAAAGAGAUGAACCCGAGCGUGGCGGCGAUCUCGGCCCUGGCCGUCCUCAGCGUGCUCGUCAUCAGCCUGCUGGUCCUCUUCCUCCUGGUCCUCCGCAAGAAACACCUGCAGAUGACCAGGGAGUGCGGCGCCGAGACCUUUGUCAAUUUCGCUUCAUUUGAAAGAGACGGGAAGCUCCCUUAUAACUGGCGAAGAAGCCUCUUUGCCUUCCUUACCCUACUGCCAUCCUGCCUUUGGACUGACUAUCUUUUGGCUUUUUAUAUUAAUCCUUGGAGCAAGACAGCUUUAAAGAAACGGAAGCUAACAAGUCCCGUGCAGCUGGACGACUUUGAAGCGUACUUCAAAGAAAUGGGCAAAGACUCGGCCUACAAGUUCUCUCUGCAGUUUGAGGAGCUGAAGAGUGUCGGUCUGGAUCUUUCCCAUGAUGCAGCAGACCUGCCCGUCAACAGGCCGAAGAACAGAUACACCAACAUCCUCCCCUAUGACUUCAGUCGGGUGAAGUUGUUCUCGAUGCACAGCGAUGAAGGAUUGGACUACAUCAACGCCAACUACAUACCUGGCUACAAAAACACUAAAGAGUACAUCGCCACUCAGGGUCCGCUGCCCGAAACUCGCAACGAUUUCUGGAAGAUGGUUCUGCAGGAGAAAUCUCCGAUCAUCGUCAUGCUGACUCAGUGCAACGAGCGACGGAGGGUGAAGUGCGAUCACUACUGGCCGUUCACAGACGAGCCGGUGAUGUACGGAGAGAUCAGCGUGGAGAUGCUGUCGGAGAGCGAGUCUCCCGAGUGGACCAUCAGGAAGUUCAGGCUGGGAUACGCGGAUGAGACUCAGGACGUCCUGCACCUAAACUACACCUCGUGGCCGGACCACGGCGUCCCCACGGUCAACGCCAUCGAGAGCAUCCUGCAGUUCGUCCACAUCGUCCGUCAGCAGGCCAACCGGACCAAAGACCCCGUCAUCGUCCACUGCAGUGCUGGAGUCGGCCGGACGGGGACGUUCAUCGCUUUGGACCGUCUGAUGCAGCACAUCCGAGAGCACGAGUUUGCAGACAUCCUGGGGAUGGUGUCCGAGAUGCGCUCACACCGCCUGUGCAUGGUCCAGACUGAGGAGCAGUACGUGUUCAUCCACCAGUGCGUCCUGUUGAUGUGGCAGAAGAAGAAGCAGCAGUCCAUCACCUCUGAUGUCAUCUACGAGAACGCCAGCAAGACAUAAAGAUGGAGGCUCCUCCAGAAGCUGCAAACACACCAAACCUCCUGUGCUUAAGGCAUCCAUUCUCUGCAGAAGAAGAUCCGCUUCAUCAUCAGUGUCAAAAAGCAAAGCAGCAGAACAUCACAACGGAAAAAAAUAUCCAGUUUUUUGUUUGAAUUGGUGUUAAAGCAUGGGAUGGAGUUUUGCCUUAAGGAGCCUUCACUGACUGACCAACAUGUUGAAUCACGACCCUGCCCUCUGAACUGGACUGACUCGCGUCAACGUGGGGUGGGAGGAGUCGGAGGUUAACGAGCUCCGUCCUGUGAUUGGUUGUCCACACUGUGUCCGUCUUUAUUGAGGUCAUGAGUCGGUGCAACUGAGUCCACAGUGUUUCCUUUUAUUUCUUUUUUUAAUCUCAGGAGUAGCUGAAAAACCAGCAAGCACACUGGCCUCUUCCUCUGCUUCCAACGUAAUUUAUCAUUAGUUAGUUUUAGGUUUUUGCAUCGUUGAUAGUGUUCACCGUCCUGCCGAGUGCAGCUUUCCUGGCAUUUUGCAACGUCAGAAUCGAAGGCAGUAGAUUGGAACGUUACUCACUGCCGAACAUACUGAAUAUGGACUACAACAUGUUGAUUAGUUAAAACACCAACUGCUCUAACAAGCUAACCAACUGCCAGGACUGCUGCACAGAUGAUAUUUACUAAAGAACCCAGCAAGCAUUCGACGAACAGUUAAGUUCUGGGAAACGAGCACAAAAUUUCGUAACGUUGAAGCUGAUUUUUAAUUGGUAAAUUGCAGUUUUUUUUUAAAAACAUUACGAUCGGAAAGCUUCUCCAAGCAUGAUAAAUGUCUGGGUCGAAGACGUAAUACCAUCAAACUAAAAAAAUGUAUCUGUCACCUAAUCGAAAAAUUAGGAACACUUUUGCUGUAGUUCAAACGAGGUGAAUGUUCCAGAUUUCAGCUUGGGAAUUUUAGCAUAAAAGUAUUUUGGUACCGAUUUCACGAUCACGAAAUGCUGCUCGACUGCGUCCGAACUUUUUAUUCCGUCCGUCGAAUCAACCAUUAAACGUCUGAAUGUUUGCUGGGUCUGCACAAGAACUAAAGGGCACAAAAACAGUUGAAGGGAACGAAGGCCUUUCUGUGGGAAGACGAUCCCCAUGCUGCCGUCCCGCCGCUGUCGGAGGCCAGUUUAGAGACUGUGGUUGUAGAGCUGUAGUUUGUAUUUGCACUGAGGCCUCGGAGCUGCUUGACCUGCUGACAGAACAAGGGAAGACUUUCUGCCGCUGCUUCUGACUGUGGAGAACUGUGCAGCCAUGUCGCUCGAUAUUCAUCCCGUCCUAAAGGAGGAUCUUGAUCUGAAGACGUAGAUUAACUUUAGACUACCGGAGACAUUUUUACCCCCAGAGGUUCAGGAUCUCAUCGGCUGCCACAAUCCUGUUUGGAAGCAAAUAAACAGAUCAUAUCAGACAGUAUCUGAAGACAGACAUUACUUAGACAGUCAAACUGCCAAAACCACUAAGAAAUUAUAUCAAGACCUGAUAUCGAGUUUCCCUUUCUGUUGCUGAAUUUGGGAAAAAAGGACAGAAACAUAUCUGCAGGCCGGCCCGAGCCUUUUUUUGCCCGCCAAUUUCUAACACAUAAAAGGUGCAUCUCUUCUCGAAAAUUUAUCUAGAAAGUGUAAAUAUAAAACAUAAAAAAAAUUGUAGUUAAUGCAACAUUCCCUGCUUUUGUUAUAGCACCCAACAUUUUGGACACCCCAAAUACUAAACUUUGGUAUUCAAUAUUUACAUUCUUGUAUUAAUCCUCAAAUUUUGUGUGCAAAACAAAUUCCAAUAUGUGGUACGCAGCCUCCGAAGGUUUCAGGUUAUAAACCCAGAAUUUGAUAAUGCUCACUUAAUCCCAUAAUUUGGUACAGAAUCUCAAAACACCAACAUAUUGUAUUGUGCCCCCUAAGUAUUAGUGGCUACAAAUACCAAAAUAUUAUAUAUGACAGAAAAAGAUUUAUGAUAAAAAAAAAAAAUUCUUUCUUAACGGAAACUUUUUGGUUUUUGCACCCUGGUGUUUUUUUGGAUUAAACCUUAAAUUUUGCAUGCUCCCAAAUAAAGGUUACAAUUCCAAAAUGUGCCUCACAGCGCUUAAAUUCGGUAUUGCACCCAUACAUUUCUUUGGUUUAAUCCCAAAAUUAGAUAUCGCCAAAUUUUGUUAACGACCGAAACAUUUGUCCUCUUACAAUUUGUUUUAAUCAAUAAAAUUUGGUAUACUGCCCCCCAAAGUUUGUUCUGAUUACAAAAUGUUAAUCGGCACCACCAACAGUUACCAGAUUUGGUAUUUGAUUCGUAAACUUGUUUAAAGUAAUCCCAAUAUUUAGUGCACUGCAAUUUUUAUUUGGUAUUUCAUUCGGGUUAGUUUGGGGAUAACACAACCAAAAGUUAAGAGGUAUAUUUUGGAAUUUGAAAAGCUUUUGGACAAGUGUGAUUUAAAAAA